AUGAAUGAAGCAGCUGUACAAUGGUUGUCCCGCCGCCCCCGCUCGGUGUCCACAAAGCGCGGUGUAACGCGGAGCUGCGCGCGCGCCGGGCGCGUGUGUCGGCGCCUGCAGUGGUGGCGCCGCGCGCGCUGCGCAUGCGCGGUGGCCGCCGCGCACUGCGCCGCGCACACACAGGCCAGCUUGUAUGCAGACAUCGUGCAUGUGCACAAGAUGGAUGAUGCUCAGGUGAAAAUCGACAACCGCCUCAAGUACAUCCUAGGCCUGCCUCCGUCGAGCGAUCCACCAAUCAUACCGACAGAAGCGAAAAUCCAAAUGUUUGCACCGAAGCAAGACUUCGAGACGAUGCUAGAGUGCCAAUCGUUCAAAUCCCAAGUCAGUCCGACUAGGAAAUAUGUCACCAUACCCGGAUUUGUGUUACCUGACUUCUUUAAGCAUAAACAAUGUGACUGUUACGCCUGCGGUAACCCAUAUUGUCCCAUAAUUUUCUACACAACAGCCGGUCUAGAAGCCUCCAUGUAUUUUCGAGCGAACGAACAAGAAAUAGCUAAAAAUUACUUCAAUGGUGUUAUAAGGUCUUUUGAUUACUUUGAUACGAAGUUAAAAGCAGUUUUAACAUCAUAUACAGAGUUGGAUUUCGAAAAAUAUAUAGUAGAUCAUACUAGAAUAAUGUUUGAAGAGGAAUUUAGGAAGGUGAAAUUAGAAAUUUUGAUCGAAGCGUCGUUUUUUGAGCUUAAAAAUGGUAAUUUUGAUGCCGCGGAUGACUAUAUCGUGACUAUACAUGAGAUUUGCCAGGAUCUGCGACUAAAUGAUGUGUAUUUGAGCAAUGAAAUCCUGAAUUUGAUGAUCGCGUCAGCUAAACUGAGGAAUGUGGUCAAAAAACAAGCGUUUGAUUUAGAAACUGAGUUCGAAAAUCUUAAAUUAAGUCCGAAAAUGAAGACUGAAGGUGAUAAAACGCCCGUAUCGAAGGCCAAACUCCCCCAAUUAUCGGCUAGAAAGGUCAAAGAUGAGGAGUUACCGAAAAAACGUAAAGUUAUAAAACUUAACCUCGACGAAAACAGUUCGGAUGAGAAGGAAGAAAAACCGAAGCCAAGAAAACCGGUGUCCGAAUUCAAAAUACCGGUUCCGGUAACAUCGAAACCUGUUUUAGAGAUAUUGACACCGAGACCGUCAAGAAAACCGGUGAUCACAGUCACUGACACAGCGAAAACACCUGUAAACGAAAAAACUGACAAAUCUAAUGAAUUCUUUACUCCCAUGUCGACUCCUGAACAAUUUUUCACACCAUUGAACACAAUAAAAACAUACUCAAAAUCUACUUUAAGAAAAGGCUUAGUAAAAAAUCUGGAACAUGAGUUUGCGACACCUAAAGCUGUGUCGCAAAAGGAGAAUUCUAAAAACCUAGAUGCCCCUAGGUCUUCUAGGAAGGAGGAGAAAGAUAGGGCUUUGAAAAGAGCCACUAGUCCUGGUAAAUUGACUGAAAGUAAGACGCGCCCCCGUAGGCUAAGGCAACCUAAGUUAAAUGAAUAAGGGGGGAAAGGUAGGG